UCUUUUCCUCUCCUCGGUUCUUCUUUAUUGUUGACUACUUCUCGUGUAGAGGAGCUAUCACGCUCGGAGAAAGGAGCCGGUCUCUAUUGGCGUCGCUCAAGUCCCUGUUGAGGCUGGUCGCGGGCUUAAGGCCAAUAAGAUUGGCGGAGGCUCUCCUGAUCUCUACGUCAGCAUCAGCAUCAAUAACCGCGAGGAACUCGCGAGAACCUGAGCAUAAGCAGAGCGCAUACAACCCAAUAUGGAUGGAGUUCAUCCUGGUCAACGUCAUUCAGGAAUCGCUGGUGCUUAGUCUUUUUGACUACAAUGAUCAUCCAGAAAGCUCGUCUGGUGGAUGCGCAAGUGGAUGCGGUGAUAAAGGCGAAAGCAACGAGACUGAGAGCAGAACGGGGGCACGGGUUGAUUGGGAUCUUGGGGAUCUUUGUGAGGCAGGUGCUCCAGGGCAAGGCGCUCAGCGUGGGGGAUACGGUCGACGUACCCGCGCUGCAAGAUAAUGCGGAGGGCAUGGAGAAUUCUGCUACUGCGCUGCACUUGCUUGCGCACGGCGAGGAUAUUCCAGACACUAGACAACAAUCAUCUUUCAGAAGAGUUUGGUGUAGGAUAUACAGCCACGACGACUGGGACUCCAUCCACGAAACCGCCAACAUCACUGACGCCCAUCUAACCUCCCGUUUCCGCGCGACCGCGCUCUAUACCACGUUCAGCAUUAUUCUGCCCUCGCCCCAAUUAUCUCAGCUAACUGACAUUGACCUCGACCCGAAUGAAUGCUGGUCGGUGCCUUUGAUGCCCGAGAUCAAGUCGUGUUUCCCGGGCAUACAGGAUAUGGUGGCGACCAAGCGAAUUUGUGAAUGUCCUAGUACUAGUCGUAUAUAAUAACAUUUAUCUAGGAAUACCCCUCAAUACCCAACACCUUUCUCCAUCUGCACCUGGCGCCUUCUGGUAGAGCCCAUGAACUUGGAAGCAUAGCUGAGUCCACGCCUCAGGAAAGUCAUCUUUCAGCGUUGCUAGAAAUGUUUGUGCUUUCUUCUCUACUUCAUCAAAGUGUAUGAUGGCGUCAAUGUCUGUUUGUCGAGUCAAAUCAUACUCAAACCCAUGCUCUUGCUCUUCAAUA